GCCGGGCGCCAUGUUGGAGGGCUGGUGGUAGCGGCUCGGGGAGGUGCUCGCUCUGCCGGUCUCGCUCCGUCUCUCGCUUUUCCCCUCCCCACCCCCCGGCUCCCUCCGGGACCCCCCCCUCCGCGGUCGCCGGCGAGUGGCGGAGUGUGUGCGAGGGCGGGGGCGGGCGUCGGGGGGGGGGCGGGGGCGGGCGCCGCGGCCCCCGGGACGGCGGCCGAGGGAGGCGCCGGCGGCGAGGGACUCCGCGGCGCCAUGGACGUCGAGAGGCUGCAGGAGGCGCUGAAAGAUUUUGAGAAGAGGGGGAAAAAGGAAGUUUGUCCGGUCCUGGAUCAGUUUCUCUGUCAUGUAGCCAAGACUGGAGAAACAAUGAUUCAGUGGUCCCAAUUUAAAGGUUAUUUUAUUUUCAAACUGGAGAAAGUGAUGGAUGAUUUCAGAACUUCAGCUCCUGAACCAAGAGGUCCUCCCAAUCCUAAUGUUGAAUAUAUUCCCUUUGAUGAAAUGAAGGAAAGAAUACUGAAAAUUGUCACUGGAUUUAAUGGUAUCCCUUUUACUAUUCAACGACUAUGUGAACUGCUAACAGAUCCAAGAAGAAAUUAUACAGGAACAGACAAAUUUCUCAGAGGAGUAGAAAAGAACGUGAUGGUUGUUAGCUGUGUGUGUCCUUCUUCGGAGAAGAACAGUUCUAAUAGUUUAAACCGAAUGAAUGGUGUUAUGUUUCCUGGAAACUCACCAAACUAUACUGACAGGUCUAAUAUAAAUGGGCCUGGAACACCCAGGCCACUUAAUCGACCAAAGCUUUCUUUGUCAGCCUCCUUGACAACAAAUGGUUUGCCUGAGAGCACAGAUAGCAAAGACUCAGACCUACAGCCAAGUGAAGAGAAAGUCCACAGCAGUGAUUCUCCAGGAUCCGAAUCUGAGGUUUCCUCACUGAGCCCUGUUAAAAAUAAACAUCCAGAUGAAGAUGCUGUGGAGGCUGAGGAGCAUGAGGUGAAAAGACUGCGGUUUGACAAGGAAGGUGAAGUCCGAGAGACAGCCAGCCAGACCAUGUCCAGUGAAGGCUCGGUCAGAGCAGAGGAAGCCGAAGCAGCGUCCUCCCCUCCGGAGGAGCAGGACAGGGAAAGUCACAGCAGGCAGCACUGUACAGAAGAGGACGAGGAGGAGGAAGAGGAGGAGGAAGAGGAGGAAGAAGAAUCUUUUAUGACAACAAGAGAAAUCGUCCCAGAAAGAAAAAAUCAAGAAAAAGAAUCUGAAGACACCUUAGCUGUGAAUGAAGAGCCUUCAGAGGAGGGUACUCACAUGGAGGACUCGGACCGGUCUGCAGCUCAGAGAGAUCUUCCCCCAGAAAGGAGGGACAGUGCAGGGGCUGUGAGGAGUGGUUCUGACUGCCUGGAGACACAAGAGCCGGGAGGGCCCAGGAAAGCUGGAGAAGGUGUCUCGGUGUCACCCAUGGAGAACGACGACGGAACCACAGACGUCUCAGACGAACCAAUGGAACAAGACUUAUCGACUUAGAACCACUUAGAGGCAGUAUUUUACAUACAGUUCUGGUUUUACACUGUAUAAAACUUUUAAGUAAUAAAGUGGACCUUUAGUUUUACAAGAGAAACAGGCUGUAAAAUAAAGAAUCUUAAGAAUAAACCCUGAAGGAGUUGUGUGUGGAAGAGCUGUGAAUACCGGCUCAUCUAGGUCCCGCUUAUUGCUGAUUUUCUUGUUUUGUUUGGUUUUUUGCUUUUUUUUUUUUUGU